AAGUAGACAAGGUAGCUCUGUUUUUGGACAAAUAUGGUAAGUUGACAUAUUUAUUAAUCACAAAAAAUACCUGAACUAUGCUGAUAUAUAACUGAUGAGGGGAAACUACAAUAACUUUUACCCAUUCUCAGUUGUAUCUUGACAUACACUUUACUUAAUAUAUUUAUAUUGCUGAUUUUUUUUAGAUUGCAAGUAUACAUACAAUCCUAAAAAACCAGAAAAAAAACUCACUGAUGACUUUAUUAUGAUUGUUAAAAUAAGGGGAGAAGGGAGUUUACUCUCAAAAUACCAGAAUGGAGUCAAUUAAAAUCCAAGUUGAAACAUUUAGGCAAAAAUAUGUGAUUUGUACAAAUGAUUCUAUCCUAAAUCUGAAUUUGAGUUUGUGUUUAGUGUAUAUGUGGCAUGGUUAGCUAUGGCAAUUAAUGCAUUUUUUUGUGUAUUCUAGAUACUUAAAUCCUUUUUAAAUGUAUGUGGUUUCUCAGUUUGUUUAUGUAAACAUUGCAGGAGUUGUAAUUUAUACAAGACUCAAUCAAUUGUAUUUUUUGUAGAUUAAUAAUUUAUUUUACAUGUUUAUUUGUGGAAGCAUAUGCAUGGGAUACAAAUCAAUCUUUGAUUGAUAUUUUAGUACAAAUAUGUGUCUUUUUCUAAAUUUAAUUUUUCAAAAAUAAGGGUCUGCAAGUUUUCAAAUUCCAUGUAAAAAUAGAAUGAAAUUAUUACCUAAAUAAAUAUUGUCUUAGUACAUAAUAUUACAUUAUACAUUCCAGAUAUCGAUCAUUAAUAAUGCCGUUGGUAUUUUUUUUUUAUCUCACUUUUUGAUCUUACUACAAGUGUAUGGUGAAUAGAUGACACGUAAACAUUACUAACCUUACUUGCAUGAUAGACUAGGUAGAAAUCCCAUUCUAAUACUAAUAAUCCAGUACAAUGAGCAGACAUUUUGUAUAAUACUAUAGCCAAAAUAUUAGUGUACUAGGAGUAGAGAUGGCAAAAAGCAUGUGUUUACUGACUAACCACCAUUAGUUCUAAUACCACAAUUCACUGCUUGCCAUAUUUGUCCAAUAGCUUAAAAAAUGAAUUGAAAUCCUAAAUGCAUUUUUCAUAGUAGGAACUAUUAAGUGAAUCUAUUUUGAGUUAUUUUUCUAUUGUUGCAAUAAUUGUGUAGUUAUUAUGGGAAAAAUGCUGAAAAUACAUGUUUUUUAAAAAUGUUUCCCUUUUUUCAUAUUUUGUUUCUAACUUGUACUGUACUAAGUAUACAUAUAGGAGAUGAGAAGAAAGCCAGAUCUGUCCUUUAAAAACCUAAACUGUAUCAAUUAUGUAUGGGUACACUGUGUAAACAAGCAAAUUCACUGUUAUUGUAUAUACUACUAUUCUAGGAAUACCAUUUGUACCAUAGUUUAGAGGUCUGUCCAGUGAAAAGUGGGUUGUAAUGAGUUAGCAACCAACAUACAAUUUUAUCCAAAACAGUUAUUUUGUAAACAAACUAAAAUUUUAGUGGAUGUUUUUCUAGCUCAGCUAUUUUGCACUAUAUUUUGCAAAUUGAUUGGCACUACAAUCCUAACAAUAACAUUGAACUCCUUUACUGCCAAAAUUGUGUAUACGACAUUUUUACUUUUUUAUAAAAUGAAAUUUAUAUAAAAUGAAAAUUUUAAAUUUCAGGUAAGCUUCCUUUACCUCAAUUUGUAUUUUCUGUGCCUGCAUGUGAAUAUGCUUGUGAGUGUGUAUGUGUGUCUGCCUACUGUUGUGAGCAUGUGUGUGUUAGUGAGCUUGUCUGUAGUGAGCUUGGGUGUGUGUUAAUGAGCUGGUCUUAAGUAAGCAUGUUUAUGUCAGUGAACUUGUAAUGAGCAUGUGUGUGUCAGUGAGCUUGUCUGUGCUGAGUUUGUAUGUGUGUGUGUAUCAGUGAGCUUUUCUGUAGUAAGCAUGUGUAUGUAUGUUAGUGAGCUCAUCUGUAGUGAGCUUGUAUGUGUGUGUCAGUGAGCUUGUCUGUAUUGAACAUGCGUAUGCAUGUCAGUGAGAUUGUCUGUAGUGAGCAUGUUUAUAUCAGUGAACUUGUAAUGAGCAUGUGUGUGUGCUUCAGUGAGCUUGUCUGCAGUGAGCUUUGGUGUGUGUGUGCCAGUGAGCUUGUCUGCAGUGAGCUUGGAUAUGCAUGUCAGUGAGAUUGUCUGUAGUGAGCAUGUUUAUGUCAGUGAACUUCUAAUGACCAUGUGUAUGUGCUUCAGUGAGCUUGUCUGCAGUGAGCUUUGGUGUGUGUGUGUCAGUGAGCUUGUCUGCAGUGAGCUUGGAUAUGUAUGUCAGUGAGCUAGUCUGUAGUGAGCAAAUGUGGGCCAGUAAGCAUGUCUGUAGUGAGCUUGUCUGUAAUCAGCAUGUGUGUGUCAGUUAGCUCGUCUGUAGUAAGCAUCUGUGUGUAUACCAGUGAGUUUAUCUGUAGUACGUUUGUGUGUGUGUGUCAGAGAGUUUGUCUGUACUAAGUUUGUGUGUACCUGUAACCUUGCCUGUGUUUGUCAAUGAUCUUGUGUGUGUCAAUGAGAUUGCAUGUCUGUGUGCCUGUGAGUAUGCUUAUUGUAUAAUGUAAUUUUUUACCCUGAAAGAACUAAUAUUUAUAAUUAAAAAAAGAAAAAUAAUAAAAUAUAUAUAUAUAUAUAUAUCCUUUAGUGAUACUAUUAAAUAUCCAUUUAUAACAUUUAAAAUAUUGCUAGAUCUUGCUACCCCAGAUUGAGUAAUUCUAAUUCAUAAACAUAGAUUAUACAUCUCUCUCUCUCUCUCUCUCUCUCUCUCUCUCUCUCUCUCUCUCUCUCUCUCUCUCUCUAUAUAUAUAUAUAUAUAUAUAUAUAUAUAUAUUCCAUAAACUUGCUCUCCAGGGUAUUUAAGUAUGUCAGGCCCGGUGCUGGUCUGCAAAAUUAUCCAAAAUGCAUGAAAAAGAUAGCACUCAAGGGACUUGAGAAUAUGGUAAAAAUAAAACGUAACUUUUAUUCAGCAGAUACUUUGACGAACACAAAAAUAUCAACGUUUCAGUUCUUACACAAACUUUCUUCAGGAUAUACUUUUUAAAAAUGUUAUAUAUAUAUAUAUAUAUAUAUAUAUAUAUAUAUAUUGUAAUCCUUGUUUGCAGGUAGCACGGUCCUCUAGGGUAAACAAUAGGCACAGUCCUUUGCUUUGCAUAUAAUCCAGUCACUUUAUUUGCAAAUCCACACAGGAUACAGCAGUAAAUUAAAACAUAAAUGUAACACAAAACCCUAUAAACAAAAACCUAGCUCGGUCUGAGCACUAACUCACUUUGAACAUCCCUCUCUAUCAGGGUUAAACUAACAAAACAUAUGGCACCAACCUUAUUAGUUAGCAACACUCUGCUGGCUAGCCUGUUGCGUUCCUUUCCGCACUCCUAGUGCUCCAAGCCAGCCAGCCUUGCCCUGACUGCUUUCCUUUCUGCACUCCCAGUGCUCCAAGCCAGCCUUGCCCUGACUGCUUUCCUUUCUGCACUCCCAGUGCUCCAAGCCAGCCUUGCCCUGACUGCUUUCCUUUCUGCACUCCCAGUGCUCCAAGCCAGCCUUGCCCUGACUGCUUUCCUUUCUGCACUCCCAGUGCUCCAAGCCAGCCUUGCCCUGACUGCUUCCUUUCUGCACUCCCAGUGCUUAGUCUCCUUGACUCUAUCUGGAGAGAACAGCCUCUCUCUCCUACCUGCUUCCUGGGAGGAAGCCAGCAAUCCCUCUCCAUUACCUGCCUAGCAGGGAGGAGUUUAUUCCCACUGCAACAGCUCAUUAACUGCAGCUGUGCAGUGGGUUGGAGACAGUCCAAAAAACCCUGGCCUGGAUCUAUGUCUCCCCAGAAAACCACUAAACUGUGGAGUGGAGCAUUGGCCCACCCUUCUCUCCAAAUGCUCCACCCCAGGGGCCCAUAACUAAACAGUGUUUUGUGUUGCCUACAACACAUCCUACACAUACUCCCCCUGGGGUUAAAAGGCCUAUCUGCCUUCACUUUAUCACAAUAUAUAUAUAUAUAUAUAUAUAUAUAUUUGUUGUCAGGGCAAGAUUGCCGUAAUUGUAAGAUAACAUAAUUCGUAUACAAUAAACAUAGUUAAUGACACAAGUCGGUUGUGGUGUGCCGGAACCGAUGAUGCAGUAGGCCUGUGAUAAAGAAGGCCAACCUUAGAGGGUGAUGUGAAUAAAGGGAGUGGUGGGAGGGGCAACUCGCCAAACAAACAACAGUAAAGUGGGUGAGGAUUGGAGGACCUUUUAAAGAGGACCCAAGCCCCUCCCACAACUACAGGCCCAGCCUUAAAUUUGUGGUCAGGGCAAUAUUGCUGUAAUGGUAAGAUAACAUAAUUGAUAUACAAUAAACAUAGUUAAUGAUACCAGUCAGUUGUGGUGUGCCGGAACCGACGAUGCAGUAGGCCUGUAAUAAAGAGUGCAAAAAGAAGAGUACCAUACAAAAUGUAUUCAUACUACAAACAUCAAUUAUUUGGACAAAUCACAAAAUGCUUGUCAUAACUCUUUAACUGGGUUUGGUAUGUAUAGAGUGUAAGCAGAUGAUUCCCAGCAGCCCAUAGCUUUGAUUAUGAGUUGGCAUGUGAUUGGAGGAAGUGAAUGAUGCUGCCCAGAUGCUAAAAGAGUCCUGAGUAAUGAUUUGCCUUUAGGCCAAGUCUAGUCAAUAGCAUACGGACAAAGAGCAUAAAUUUAGCCGUAAUGAGAAUAGAACUGUGUAGUUCUAAUAGUGGUUGAUGUGGUUGUUUGUGAAAGGUAUACUUAUACAGUUAGAGCGCAAAAUCAAUUCCAAAGUCUCAGAGAGAUCUUGAGAUUGCUUCAACUCAGAUAUAUAUAUAUAUAUAUAUAUAUAUAUAUAAAGGAAUAGAGAAUAUAUAAUAGUGAAGCACAGUAACAAUUAAAUACAUAUUUAUUAAACACACUGAGGAAGCUUUACGGCGAAACGCGUAGACAACGCAGUGACGUAACCACGCUGGUUACGUGUUGACGCAAAGGGGGCGGAGCACCUGGAAGAUCCGGAAGACUCCAAGCCAACGCUCUGAACUACCAGGCGGCCGGAGAUCACUUUGCAAUGUUCUAUCCGUGGAGGAUGAGUGGAAGCCGGUUGCUAUGCUGAUAGAGCCUGGGCAAAGGCAACACAAAGCGUCUGUGAGUAGCAGCUGGGACUGCUUAUACUUACUUUCUUUUAUUUUGUAAGAGGCUCAUUUUUCUAUUUCUAUUUGCUAUGUAUAUUACUCUGACCCUUUUAUGUGGCUAGGAGUGUUUUAUGUCAAGUGUGUUUAAUAAAUAUAUGUAUUUCAUUGUUACUGUGCUUCACUAUUAUAUGUUCUCUAUUCCUUUUUUAUAUAUAUAUCUGAGUUGAAGCAAUCUCAAGAUCUCUCUGAGACUUUGGAAUUGAUUUUGCGCUCCACCUGUAUAAUUAUAUUGUUUGUUAUAUGUGUGGGAAUUGGGUACACACAGGUGUGUAGCAGCUUGUCCAUGUCUUAACCCUGAAUAUUAGGGAUUUUGAUAUUUUGAGGUGGUGAAGAAUCUUUUUACACAUUUUUUAUUUUUUUCCCCUCACACUUAUUUUAUUCUAUCUGUUUUUAUUAGCGCUUUUAUAUUUAAGAUACGUUUUUAUUUGUUUGUGAAAGGUGUUGACAUAUGUAUUCAAAACCUUAACAGGGCACCAUUUAUUAUAGGUAGGGAAAAGGUAUGUCAACCGUGCAUCCCAUCUGACUAGUUUAGAGUAGUGAAGUGAAAGAAGGUAUUGGUCUAUGAAUUUGUGGCCUGUUUGUAGCCGGUACAUUAGUGGUGGUGAAUUCCUUUGGACAUAAGAAUCCAUGAAAAACUUGAAGUAUGGCUGUUUUAAUUACCAUUUUAUUAUAUGUUCGAGUGGAGCUGUACCUAACAAGUCGGAUAAUGAUUGGAAUAUCUUAUUGUGGAUGGGUAGUCUUUAGGGAGUAAAUGUGUGUCUGAUUUUUAGAUUCCCUGCAGCAUGGUUUUUAUCUGGUAUGAUGAAUGGAAUCCUGUUUAUUGAGGUGUGUAAUAGCAUGUGGUGUUGAAUGCCUGUUAAAUAAACUUUGAUUGUGUUGAAAGAUAAUUUAAGUUUAAGGUAGCAAAAAGAAGUGAACCCCAAUGUAGUCUCCAAAGCAACCUGUACUGAACUCGAAAUUCCGCCAUAAAUUUGGUGAAAAGUGUAAAGCCUUAUCAUAGGAUUCCUAGAGUUAACUGAAAGUGCAAGGAGGGAAAGAUUUUGUGCUUAAGUUAAUAAAAACAUUUGGGUACCAUUAAAACAAGGCGGAUGUUAGAAGAAGCUAGGUAGUGACUUAACUUCUCUAGGCCAUGUACACCAGAGCCAUUUUUUGCCACAGAUGGCUGUGAAGCCAGUAUUGGCUGCAGCAUUUUUCCAGAGUGUAGGAGAAUAGUCGGAAAUUGGGGGGAUGAACAUGGCUUGCCCGUUCCAUGAUGUGAGAAAAGUGCACCACAUAAGUAAGUCAGCUGUUGCAUGUGUGUCAAAACGUAUGCGUGAUUCGUCUGAGGGGAGGACCGGGAAAAAGAAAAUUAAGGAUCUACCCUGGGGAAUGAUCCUCAUGGCAACAAAUGGCAAGCAGAGACUGAAGUUCUUUCAGUUACAAGAACCUAGCUGUAAGUGAAGCUCAAUACUUGAUAGGGUGCGCUCACUUUUAUCCUGGGAAAGACUGGCCUGCAUGUUAACUGAGUCCAGUUGAAUCCCCAGAAAAUGUACAACCAUGUCAGGAGCUUCUGUCUUUUUAGGGGAGACCGGUAUACCGAAGGAUUCAAAAGAGUCAUAGAUUGUUCGAGGCUGCUAGGAGAUAGUGAGUGUCUAGAAUCGUGAAGAAGUCCUCUAAAUAGUGAAUUACAGACAGACGAAGAAAUAAUAUAAACCUCCCCAUUUAAAGCCGUGCAGACGCCGCAGUAAAGGGUGAAUGGGAAGUAAGUUAAAAGCAUUGACAUUAUCCGUUUUACUGAGCUAUGCUCCUGUCCCAGCAGCAAAACAUGGCCCUGAUUGCAUUGGCAAUGGUGGCAUAUAGCAGAGAGAAAUUCAUCAGUGGGUAUGAUGGAAUUACGACGGGGGAGCGUGGAGGAAUGUGGGCUGACAAGUCAAUAAUCAGUCUGUGUUUAUGUGAAGAUUUACCCGAUUUACCAAUAGGAUUAGAAUUAAAUUCUGAUGAGUUCAUGCACUGACUCUGGAUCUGCUAUCGCCGUUUGCAAAUUAGUGUGACAUUGAUGCAAGUGAUGUAUGGUUUAGGAAACAUUGUCUUACGUCACAUGGUGUUUUGCGUGAGCCCGGAAAACAGUAAGCACACACGUGUAACAAUCUACAGGAACUAAACCCACAAGUUCCCGCAUUAAAAUUAGAACAUAUCUGGCACUUGCCCAAGAAAACACUGUCCCUACCCACAUUAUCCUUCAAACCUUUGGUCGAUCUUGCCGUGUUAGGGACCGAGUGACCCUUCUCACCUUCUGCCGUAUUGGGGCAUAGGUUGGUAGAGUGUGCUGUGAAUGCACCAACUGCACAAGCCGGAGGCCUGCAACAUGCCUACAGAAAAAACUCAGCAUCCAGUCUACUCCAAUUUAUAUUGUAGUAAAACUGAGUCAGAGCUUCAGCCACCUUGCAGAAAAGGAAUGGUGGCAGUCAUAGAAGGCUGUACCACCAUACUUGUACCCCAGAUUCCCAACCUGUGCAUAUACACAUCCAGUUCCUCACGUACUCGGGAAAGACAGAGCACUAACGAUCCCUAGAUUCAGAAACCUGAGACAUACUGAGAUAUAAAAUUACCAUUAUAUGUAAGAGCAACUGGUACUGCAGACUAUCUAUUGCCAAGCGGCGAAAAAUUAAACUAAAGGGGUGACAGGUGAGGCCACGCUAAUUGCUAAGUGGCUUGAGAGGCUCUAAAUAUGCUUUGGCCCGAGGCAAUUUGUGGCCACAAACGAUGUGGCAGGGUUUCAGCCUCUCAGUGACAAUUAAAGCAGAAGAUAGUAUGGGAGACAGGUGAGGCCCUCUCUAUGCAACCGUGCAAGGCAGAUAACUAUAUUUGGACCAAUGGGCAUAUACCUCCAAGUAUGAGGAGGUAUACACUAUUGGACACCUGGAUUUCUAAUAACCAGUAAACACAUAGCAAUACACAUUCCUACAUUUGGGAACCUGAGACAUACUUGAAAUAUGAAAUUACCAUUAGUGUAAACCCAACUAGUAGUGUCAGUCUAGCUAUUGCCAAGUAGAUAAAUUACCACUAAAAAAGGGGUGACAGGUGAGACCCUGCUAGUUGCCAAGUGGCUUGUGAGACUCUAACUAUGCAUUUGCCCGAGGGGAUUUGUGGCUACAAAUCAUUGUGGCAGGUUGUCGGCCUCUCGGUGACAAAUAAAGCAUAAGAUUGUAUGGGAGUGACAGGUGAGGCCCUCUCUAUGCCACCAUACAAGGUGAAUAUCUAUGUGUUAGACCGUUGGGCGUAUACCUUCAAGUAUGUUGGCCUCACGGGACCACUAGCCUAUGGAGGUCGGAAAACAUUAACCUAGUUGGACACCUUGAUCCCUAAAAGCCAGUACUCUCCGCUAAAAGUAAAUAUGAACUUAGUAAAUGUAAACGUUGUUAAUGAGAAUCGGAAAUGAUGAAUAGUUGUAGGAGUCGAGCAAGGAGGGUUAGGGCAGUAACAUACGGCAACCUAAAGUAUCUGAGGAUGGUAUAAAACAUGUAGGUCAUGUAGAUCAUGGACCCAACUAAUAUAGAGUAACCUACCCCAAUUGCCAGACACAAGGUGCCAAUUUGGCAAAUGCUGCCACGAAUUGAUGAACACCUUGUGCCUGCAAUAGGCAUAUAUAUACCCGACAUUGACACCUAAAGAAAUUGAGAUAUUACCUUUAAAAAUGAGGAGAUAGGAAGUUAUAGCCUAAACAAUAAAAGCCAAGUUCAUCAAUCUAGAAAUGAUAAGAUGUGUUUGUAAAAUCGGUACAAAUCACUUGACUAACAGUUCUGACAGCAGCGGGUAGAACAUCAACAAUACCUAUAGAUGUGAACCAAAAUAGCAGGUUUAAGUAUAAUACUAAAUUAAAACUUCCUUCUUUAUCUACAAUAUUACAAGAAGCAAAAUUAAUUUCCCUGUAAUAUCGUCCGUACACUAAAACCUAGUAAAAUUACACAGAUUAACAUUGAAAAGUGGCGAUAUUGUACUAAAUGAUAGUAAAUUGUUAUACGAAAAAGGGGUAGGAAAAAACAGCCGAAAUGUGGUGAAUAUAACCGAAAACCCAGACACCCUGGCUUAAAUGGAAUGUUGCUAAUGAAAACCUGAAAGCAGCAAGUUUAAACAAAGAAAUAAAUUGUCCAUGUGGCGAACCCAGCGUGUUUUCCAUGGGGGGUCUCGACCUACAACAUCACGGUGCCGGGGGACCCUGGUUAGUCUGUGGGUUCCCAAGUCCCAGACAAGUCAUAUAGUGCACAGUGUGUGGAAUGGUACAGAUGGUGUGCCAAGUAGCACCCAUCUGUAUGGACUCAAAAAUUAGGUUGGUGUGACAUGAACCCUGUGUCACGUAUUCAUCCGCUUAUAAAAAUGUGGUUAAUGGCAUUUACUGUCCACACAGAAAAAGUUGUGCCGAGCAGCAACCAAAUCCACAGAAGGGUUAAUGCUGAGCAGCAAUUAUGCAAAUGGAAACCUGGUAACUGCCUUUGGGGUCAGCCUAUCAGAUCGAGAGGAGGGGUAUUUAGGCCCAGUUCUCAUCCUGCUCAGUGCCCUGUCGUGGUUUCCCUUGUGGUUGUCCGAGAGCACGUUCCUGAUUCAAGUUUCUUCUGGUUUUUGACUUUGGCUUUGAUUUUGACUUCCUUGACUUCUGGCUUUCUCUUAUCGUUGUGUCUCUUUCUGUAUCCCCUGACCUCGGCAAGUAUCCUGACUAUUCUUUGGUACGUUAAGUCCGGCCAUUCUAAGGCCUGGUAUUCCGUUACCUAUUAGUCAUCUGUGUGACACAAUUCUACAUGCUGGAUCAACUAGUAAUUCUGACACCCUGUGGACAAGGGACCAGGCGGACAGACAGGCACUUAGGUAGUAGUAAACGCUCUGCACUGGGGACACCAGAAUUUCGAGACAGUUGGACCUCAGUGAAGCGCCUCCCUCAGACUUGACCUGGAAGUGGCCCCCAGCAAUGCUGGCAACUUGCCAAAUUAACAACGGUAAUGUGGGAAUGUGGGAGAGGAUUGGAGGCCUUUUUAAAGGGGACCCAAGCCCCUCCCACAACUACAGGCCCAGCCUUAAAUACAUAUAUAUAUAUAUAUAUAUAUAUAUAUAUAUAUAUACAUACACAUACAUACAUACACACAUGCACACAAACACUACUGUGGCACAAUGACUUAUAGGGUAUGAUAUGGUUAUGUUACCAUUUUUAUUUAUACAAUUUUGUCCAUCUACUGGAUAUGAGAAAAAAAAAUAUUAGUUGGUUAUAUGCUACUCCAUUUUUCAAAUAAAUGCUCUGCAAAUAUUUUUUCAAACAAAAAUUGAUUUUUGGUGUGCCUUUUAAGCAAUUUAUGUUUCAAAAAAUGAUCUGUAUGUAUGAAUGUCAUUUUGAACUAAUUUUAUUAUAUGUGCGAUAAUGAAAAUUUUAAACUGCUAUUAUCUGCUGUUUUUUCAGGUUUUCCUAUCAAACAGUGGAGAGAAAAAAUGUUUUCUUUAUAUUGUGGCAUUAUAUAUCAUUAAUGGAUAUCACUGCUUGGACAUAGGAGCCUGCAAUGGGACCUUUAGAACACCAGGUUAGAUUUAAAAAGUGUUUGUUUUCAAAGUUAAUGACAUGGUGAAUAGGUCAUAUACAGUGCUUUCAAUUUUGGUUUGUAACAAAUUAGGAAAAAAUUCCUUCUUGACCCCAAAAUGGCAGUCAGAUAUCCCCUUGGAUGAAGCAGCUAUUACCCCACUAUUUAGAAAUUAAAUCCCUGUAUGUUAUGUUUUUGGAAGUAUUUAUCCAAUUGUUGUUUAAACAUCUGUAUGGAGUCUGAUAAAACCACCUCUUCAGGCAAAUAAUUCAAUAUCCUUCUAGUUCUUACUGUAAAAAAAACAUUUCCUUUGCCUUAGAUUAAAUCUCCUCUCUUCCAGCCUAAUUGUGUGACCUCGUGUCCUAUGUAUAGCCCUGUUUAUGAAUAGAUUUCCAGAUAAUGGUUUGUACUGGCCCUGCAAAUGAUGUUAUCAUAUCCCCUCUGAGGCACUAUUUUUCCAAACAGACAUGAGGAGACAGACACAAACACACAAUCUCUACAGCCCAUAAACAGACACACUUCAGAGCCAGUGGAGACACAUGCACACUACAGUCCAUAGCCACACAUAGUAUACUACAAACAGACUCCUUUCCACAAAUGACAUCAUAAACGGUCUCAUUAUUCAUACGCAAUCCCACAAGCAGCCUCCAACUACACACAGUACCACAGGCAACAUCCCCACAGUACAACACUCUUUACUGGCCAUGUCCCACUUUUGCCCUCUGGUAUGCCACUCAUAGGGGCAACAGAAUCAAGUAACCAACAAACACAGAGCUGUUCUGUGCAAGCACAGGGCAUUGUUCCCAUGAAGCAGCUCUUUAGCUGGGCUCUCUGAAUGAAAUGCCCUGCAGGGACAACAACCUAACGAGGUCAAUUGAAAUGCCAUCCAGAACUAUUAAUAGCAUGACCUACCAAUCGGGUUUGGUCACGUGAGCACUAGAGAUGUCGCGAACCGUUCGCGAACUUCCCGCGAACGGCUCGCCACGGUUUGCCUUCAACAUGGAUGCUGUCCAGGAGGUGGGUGGGUCUGGGAGGGAGGGUCUGCUGGAGAUUGGCCGGGAUGUGUCAGCUGACCGGAGCUCGCCGAUAACCAUUCACUAGUGAGCACCAAUGCCGGCAGCCAUGACAGAAAUACACUAACUGACAGAUACACUCGCUGACAUACGCACACUCACUGACAGACACACUAACACAUACUCUCAAUGGCAGACACACACUCUCGCUUAUUUAAAACAUGCUCAUUGGGGCUGAAACACUCACACAUUUACACAUUCUUGCAAGCACACUCACAAAUUAAUUUCAAUUAUUGUGGUUUUAUAUUAUUUUGUUAUGACAAUCCUGCCUUCCUUCUACUGCCUUCCUUCUAUUGGGAGAGCUUGAGUAGGUUCUCUUCCUUGGGUCUAGUGGGCAUCUUCUCCCCAGGGUCAAGGGGAGAUCUUUCCCUGAGAUCAUCUGAGGAUCUUCUCCCUGGGGUCCAGUGGCUCCUAUAAUUUUCCAGUUAAUCAUUACUCCCUCACGUGCAACUUAGUGAUUCCGGGUCCAGAGUGAUGUCCUAUUCCUGCUCCCUGCAUCAAAGCAUGGAGAGAGGGAACAGCGAGAAACUUGAGGAACAUCAGCGUUCCCUCGCCGUCUGCCUCCUCUUCCCCUUGGCAUAUUUUGGCAGUAUAGGCACCUGCGUCCAGAUAAGCAGGUGCCUACUCUGCCUUAGUGAAUUAGUGCCCACUUCAGGGGUGCCCUAAGGUGGCCAGUGGGCCAACUCCUAAGUCCCCCACUCAUAUGGGCACACCCUAAGGGUGAAUGAAUUUUAUUUAAGUAUAUAUGUAUUCUUUUAAACUAUUUUUGAUCAGUAACACUUGGUUGAUUACAUUUAUAAUAUAUACAAGCUAUUUGUUUUAUGUUUUAUAUAAUUUUUUUUUCUAAUUUCAGAAUAUACAGACAUACUAGUGACAUGUGGACCACAGAACAUUGAACUAUCAAUUUAUUUGUGUCCAGUAUACUAUGCUGGUUAUAAUGAAACUCAACUUUACAUGAAUGAUUUUAUUGAUAUACCUGGAUGCCAAGGAGUACUUGACACAUCAAGGGGUGUCCCAUUCGUGAAGUAUACUUUUUCAAUCAAUGCAAAUUCAACUUGUGGAAGUUUAUUUAUGGUAAGAGAAAUUUUUCAGAAGGAAUAACAUUCCUUAAUUUAAAAUAAUCUUAAAAUAUAAUAAUGAUCAUAAUAUUUAUAGUCCUUUUCUUCCUAGGUUAGCUCAAAGUUCUUCCUCACUCUGAAGCUCAAACACUUUUUUAAAUUUACCUUAGUUUGAGAACUUACUUGGGUCUGUCUGGGAGUGAAUACUGCAUUAGCCGCAAUCAGUGUUCUAAGCAGAGGAAGCUGGAUGUCACAGUAGGAUUGCACUCACUGGUUGAAAUUUUCAGCCAGUGAGCGUCGUCUUGUAUCUUCAAGCUUUUCUCUAUUAAGCUAACCAUCUUCUUCUGCUGGAGAAUAUUAGGUGUGGUGAAAGCAGUGUCUAAUUAUUUGUGGCUUUCAUGAAUGCUUAAUUAAUUCAUGGGGUUUUACCCCAAUGUGAAAUUAAAAAUGUACAGUAAUUUUCAUUUUGUAUGUUUAAAAUUAUUUUUUUUAGAUUAAUGACACUAUGGGAGAAGGGAUUUUUUCAGACUUUUUACAUAUUCAGUAUGUCAAUAUCAGUGGCAUAAUCAAGUCAAAAGAACCAACGUCGGGUGUCAUCACAUACAACUCAGAACUCAAGUAUUUAUAUUCCUGCGUUUACCCUUUAGAGUAUCUCAUGAACAACACUCGGCUUGACGUGUAAGUACUCUACACGCUACUACAUAUGGCAUUUACCCAAUAGUAUGAAAAUGCUCCUAGAUAUACCUGUAUAUCUGUUUAUCUGUCCGUCUUCCCAUCUGUUGAUGAUUGCAUCUUACCAUGUCAAACUGCCUUUUAUUGUUUUCAGAAAGCUUUGCUACAGAUAUCUUGUAGGCAUUUUGCAAGCUGUCUUUUAAAUUCAACUAAGCCUUUUACAUGUUUAAUUCCAAACAGGAUAUAAGGGGAAGGAUGAAUGAGACAGAGAUAUAUUUUAAAGAACCUUGCAGUGUAGGCACUAGUAUCAUCAAGGGAUUCAGGAGACAUCAUAACAAGCCAAAAAGCAAAGGUUGAGUGGUUUAUGAAUGUUUCCAGAACCCAGAAAUUGGAUUAUUUUUCCCCAACUCAUUCUUAGGGGUAUUCUUGGGGUUAUUUUUAGUGUAAUUGCUUAAAUAGUGUAAGUUUUAAUGGUUAGUGUUAGGGCAAGUGUUAAUUGAUUGUAUAAUGUUGGGAUUAACCCAUUAAGGACACAACUUCUGGAAUAAAAGGGAAUCAUGACGGAAUAUUUCCGUCAUGUGUCCUUAAAGGGUUAAUAUUUAAAGGGAGACUAUAGUAACCAAAACACCUUUAUGAUAAAAAAAACGCAGUGUUGUUGUAUAGAUCAUGCCUCGGCAGUUGCAUUGCACAAUUCUCUGCAAUGUAAGAGUUAAAUCACUUUGUUUAUGCCAUCCAAGUCUCUCCUCCCUGCAUGAAACUUACAUAGCCUUCCCAAACACUUCUUGUAGAGAGAUCUAAUGUUAACACUUCCUUUAUUGCAAAUUCUCUUUAAUAGUGAAUUUCUAAUCUCCUGCCCUGUUAUUAGAUUGCUAUACCCUACAGGAGCCUCCUGUAUGUAAUUAAAGUUCAAUUUACAGAGCAGGAGAUACAUCUAAUUAAAAAUUAACCAUUUUUUUUUCAUGUAGGCAGUAUGAGUCACAACCAGGAGAGCUGAGGCUAGGGCUGCAUAAACAGAAACAAAAGUGAUCUAACUCCUAAAUGUUAAAGAAUUGAGCAGUGAAACUUCAGAGGCAUGAUCUGUACACCAAAACUGCUUCAUUAAACUAAAGUUGUUUUUGUGACUAUAGUUUUCCUUUAAUGUAGUAUAGUGAUUUCUCUUUGUUUCCACAGAAAUCAGAAACUUUAAGAAUAUAUUACUACAAUAAUUCUAAUAAUUGUAUUGUUUGAUGAUAGUGCAGUCCAUGUGUAUGUAUGCACCCUUUUAUAUUUACAUACACUCACAUGAACUUAUGCAUAGAUCCAGAUGCUCUGCUUCUUGUGACUCUACUGCAACAAAGCAAGGUAUCUGAGUUGAUGGGCACUUUAUACAGCAAAUCUUUGUUAAAACCAAAUCCGUUACCAUGAAGAUAAUGUAUUGUUUUAAUUGUAUAAGUGUAGGGAACAGAAAACAAUAUCUAAUAAUUAAUAUUAUCAUAACAAUAAUUAAGCCAAAUGCAAAAUGUAUAGUUGUAAAGGACAUUUUUAGCCUAUCACUAAUCAUAUAUGUUUCCAAUUACAGGGCUGCAAAUAACAUAGCAAUCAAUACAAAUAACGGCACUUUCAUCAGCACACUCUCUCUCCAAUUGUAUCUCGUAAGUAAUUAAAUUAUUUUAGCUUUUCCAUGAAAAAAUUGUAUUUUAGAAAUAUUAGUACAUUUGAUUAUCUUUCCACUAAAAUAUAAUUUCUAAAUAUUUUUUUCUUAAAUGGAAAGACAAGUGCCACUUAAUUUCAAGGGUAGAAACUUUCUUUGUCAGUAAAAUAUUUUUUAAGAUUUUUGGAAAUAGUAAUAAACUUUGCUGUACUAUCUGUGCUGUAGUCAGGGCCAGCACAAUGUGUUGUUUGUGUGUUUUCUUGGGUGGGCGCAAGUAGUUUAUCUUGCUUAGGGUGCAAAAUAUUUGCACUGACUCUGGCUGUAGUUGCUAUAACAUGUAUAAAUAAAUAUGGGCUGAGUCGUUAUAACUGUUUUCAAAACAGACUGGAUGUGUGGGAAUUUUUUAUUCUUCUUAUGGUGUAAGGAGUGAGUGGGUAAUUAACCCCUUCCCGACCACAGAUGGAAAUUUUCCGUCAACCUUGUCCUUCAGCUAAGGACCGUUGACGGAAAAUUUCUGUCAUUUACUAAAGUUAAGACCAGAUCGUAUUAGAGGCAGACCGGGAGCACUGGAUCGCGCUGCACCGGUGCUCGCUUUGACAGGCUGUCAGAUCGAGCACAUGUGCUGUAUAUACUUACCUUCCGCCUCCUUGCACUUCCGGGUUCUGUGUGAAGUGCAGAGAGAUGGAUCAGAGCUGAAUAAAGUUAAAUCCCACCCCCCUUUCCUCUGCUUUAAUAAAAUUAACCCCUUCCCUGCCAAUUGAUCACUGAGUGCAGUGAUCAAUUGGUAGGGUAUACAUUUUAAUGUCAUAUGAUUUAUUUUUUAACCCCUGGGGGUUAAUUUGUUUUUAACCCUCAGGGGUUAAAUUUAUUUUAUUAAUUAAUUUAAAUAUUUAAAAAUUAUAUAUUUAGCUGGCUGGGAUGGGGGGAAGUUAGUGGGGAAUUGGGGAAUUUGGUGUUAGGCUAACUAGGGGUUAACGUUAAAAAGGUUUUUAAGAAAUGUUUUAGUAACAUUUAAGUAAAAAAAAAUACCACCCCCCUUUACCCAGUCUAAAUAAAAAUUAACCCCUUCUCUGCCAGUUGAUCACUGCGUACAGUGAUCAAAAUACAGAUCACAGUAUUAUACUGUAAUCUAAUUUCUUUUAACCCCUGAGGAUUAACUUUUAUUUAUUUUUUAACCCUCAGGGGUUCAAUUUAUUUAAUUAAUUAAUUUAAAUAUUUUAUAAUUAUAUAUAUUUUGCUAGCUAGAGUGGGUGGGAGUUAUGGGAAAGGGGGGAAUUUACUGUUAGUGCUGCUAACGGUAAAAGAAAAGUUUAGAAAAAAAUUUAAAAGUAUAAAAAAAGUUAAGAAAGUGUAAAACAUUUAAUAAGUAAAAAAAAAAAAGUUUAAAAACGGGUUUUACAAAGUAAAAAAGUUUUACAAAGUAAAAAAAUGCUUAUUACCACUACACUUUGUACAAGCUAGCUGAAAAAUGAUCCCACGCUAAGGUUCAAAAUAUGCCUUUUGAAUUACCCUGGUAUGUCUUCUUUAAGAAAUGGUAUGCCUUUAUGGUGUAAUUUGAUUAUAUAGCCUUGUAAAAUAUUCUAAAAUGGGACAUGGACACAGCGUAAAAUUUCAAAAUUUGAGAAAAACUGGAAUGGCUGUGUCUCAAAUGUGACGCUUCGAUGUCCACAUAUACCUGGCAAAGGUACAUACGGGGUUUUGCUGUACUCAGCCGACAUAGCAGAGCAACAUAUGAAGUAUUAUACAGUCAUAGCACACAUACGAUACUGCGCAAACUCACUUUGUGUGUCAAAAAGGCAGAAAAAAUGCUUAUUACCACUACACUUGGUACAAGCUAGCGGAAAAAUUAUCCCACGCUAAGGUUCAAAAUAUGCCUUUUGAAAUACCCUGGGAUGUGUUCUUUAAGAAAUGGUAUGCCUUUAUGGUGUAGUUAUAAUAUGUAGCUUGCUCAAGUGCUCCAAAGUGGGACACGGACGCAUCAAAACCCUCCAUGAAAAUUCACACUUAGAAACCUUAACUUGUCACGUCUCUUUUACAGCACUGUAACUUCACAAAAUAGUGUCUAGGUCAUACAUUGGGCAUAUUGUUUUACUCAGAAGACUUAGCUGAGCAUAAUUUGGGGGUUUGAACUUAGUGGCACAUAUGAAAUGUACAAAAUGCCCAGCAAAAAUGUAAUCCGUAUGUAAAAAAUGCCCCAAAUUAUUUUUUACCACAUACUUUGGCAUAUAUUGGUGAAAAAAUGGGGGCAUGUUAAGGCACAAUAUGCACCAUGUGAGAUACCCUGGAGUGUCUACUUUUACAAAUGGUAGGCCUUUGUGUUUUUUUUUUUGAACAGUCAAACUGCUAUAAUACCCCAAAUUGAAGCAUAGGCCCAUUAAAUCCGCCUCUCAAAAUUCUACUGUAAAUGUUAAAACGGACAGGUCUCUUAUAUGGCACUGUACCUUCACGAAAUAGUGCCAAAGACAUACAAUGGGGUAAUAUUUGUACUCAGCAGAAGUAACUGAACACAAAAUAAAACUUUGUACAGGAAUAGCACACACCAACUUUACAAAAUACACAUGAGAAGUUCUUUGUUAUAAGUUUGUGUGCCAAAAACCCCAAAAAACUAAAUUCUACUCCAAUAUUUAGCAGAGAUUGGCAGUGAAAUGGCUAUGUAGAAAGUGUGAAAACAACCAUAGGACAAUAGCCUGUGAUGUCUACUUUAUAUAAAUAAAUACUUUUGUGUGGCAAUUUUGUUUUCUUUUAAGGCUAUUAAACUUACACGACAAACAUACCAAAUUCUAAAAUCGCUCCACAUUAAAAGUUUAUUUUACUACUUGUGCUUUGUGACCUGUAACUACCAAAACUUAAAAUCCCAGACACAUAAUAUAUUCUGUAAAUCAGAAGAACUAAAUUAAUUUAUUUUUAAUUACUUUCUUUAACCUUCACUAAUUAGGCACACAUUACUAUUGCAAAAACUGUACAAAAAACACAAAAUUUUUCAUUUUUUUUGCAUUUUUCUGUAUUUUUUAAUAAUAAAUAAGCAUUUAUAUAUAUGUAUAUAUAUAUAUAUAUAUAUGUUACAUCAAAUUAAAGCCCUUUCUGUCCUUUAAAAAACAAUAUAUAAUAUGCGUCGGUGCAAUAAACGAGAGAGAUGCAAAUUGCAGUUGAACGCAUACAGCAAGAAAAUGUAAAAAUUGCUUGUGUCAUUAAGCGUAAGACAAGCUUCUGAAGCUGUGUCCUUAAGGGGUUAAUUGCCUUCAAUUUUUUUGUAGAAUUCCUGUUUUUCAAUUUAAAAGGCUCCUCAUAUUUUUUUAUUAAUACAAUAUAGUAAAAAGGAAAAAGAUUCCAAUUGAUCAUUAUAACAAAAAGAUCUCUUACUUCCUCAUUCUUUUUUUAAUCAAGAUAUGGAAUAAUCAAAUUUUGGCGACUCAGAAUUGGCAUUAUAAAAAUGCCCAACAUAGUAUAGUUAUUAGGCAAGGCAAUAUUUCAGCUGUUUUUGCAUGCCAGAACAUUUAUAGGCAGCAUUUUCUGCGGCUAUUUUCAGUGCCAGUCAAAUGCAUGUCAAUAUUUAAUUCAAACUACUGUCAUUAACAUACAAAGCAUUCAACAAUUCCACCCAUUUUUAAAUGUUCUUUCCAAUUCAGAAAUACAUCCCUGCUGAUCUUCCUGUGAAACUUCUGUUCUUGCAACAGUCUUCCCAUCCCUCACACAUCAUCAAUGUCUCAAUCAUCCACUCCACUGUCUCAAAUUCCAUUCUUUAGUUCUCUUACUCAUCACCUUUUCACAAGCUUAACUGGAUGCAGGGGCCAACCUGCUAAUUAUUCCUCCCCAUUGAUGUGGUUUUUUAUCUCUUGUGUUUUUGUGCCACACUUCCUUUUAGAAUGUAAACUAAAUUCAACAGACUGUACUUUCUCUCUUGGAUCUGUCUUUAUUAUAUUUGUGAAUUACUUCAUGUAUUUCAUGGUACCAUUGUAAUGCUCUUCAGAAUGCUUGGGUAUUAUAAAAUGAUAAUGAUGAUGAUGAUGAUGAUAAUAAUAAUAAUAAUAAUAAUAAUUCUGAGCAGUGUGACUGACACUGCUUGUAUUACUACUUCCUAUAUUUGCUUCCAUAUCAAGAGUGAAAGACAAAAAAGAAGGGAGGUGAAAUAUAUUUUAAUAGUGACCAUGGGUUUAUCAUUAACAGAAGAUCACACUUUCAUGCAAGCAGACUGAAUAAAAAUUGAAAACCGACCACCUUGAUUCACUAUACAAAAAAGCUGGGAUCCAAGUUUUUAAUAGAUACCCAUUGUAGAGACUGCAAAUGCCUUGUACAACAUAAAACCUCAAUUAUAUUACAUUAUUAUGUUUAAAUAAUAUGUAAGCGUGCAAGGUGCCAUUCUCAAGUUAAAAACAAAACAUAUUUUGUUGUUUAUUCUAAGCAAAAUACAAACAAAUAUAUUUAAAAAUGACUCUAUUUUGCUUUCUAUUGCAGGAUGAAUUUUAUGGAAGAAAACUUACUAUACCAGCAACUGGGAUAAAACUGAAGUCAAGAGUUUUUGUAGAAGUGAGAGCAACAAACCUCACAGAAAAGUAAGAAAUGUUAAAAGGUGCACUCCAGUAUGUAAAUAUAGUUAUUUAGCUACUAUUUUAGAGCCACACAUUAAAAAAUUGAUUCAUAAUAAUACUGAUAAACAUAUUAGAUACUCCUCCUGUGUGAAGUGAAGUAAAAAGACAUAAAAAUCCUAUAUUUAAAAAAGCAAACAGUGCAGGAGAGCAGGGUGUGGCAGGACAUCUGGGAGGCCAUUGGAAAAUAAUUCAUUUGUGCAGGUCUAGAAAUGAUAAUCCGUUGGUGCACUACCCCACCAAGUUAUAUAAAAUCGGCAGAGGGUCUACAGAGCAGUGUUCGAGGGACUGCAGAGCGAAAUGUACUCACAUUCACAUGUGGUGGGACUGCACAAAACUACUGCCAUUAUGGCUAGAAGUUAAGGAACUUUUGGUCAAGAUGUUUGACAGACCAUUUGACUUUGAUCCAUGGCAAUUCCUACUUGCUAGAAUGGUGGAUGGUCUGCUGGCCAGAGAAAUUUAUGAAUACAAUAACACUGGUGGUCAGGAGGAGAUUAGAUGUAAGAGACACAGUCCCUAGAAGAAGGAAAUACUACCAAAUAUUAAGAAGAAGUAUAUUUAAGGAUAAGUUCACUGCCAUAGUUUACAACACCCCACAGUCUUUUGAAAAUAGUCUGUGGCUUGAAUUGGGAGCUAGAGAGAGGGAAUAGUAGGGAUAGUGGGUGGCGGUCAUGUGGUAGGGCACUCUCAUACUAUUAGGGUAUUCCUGGUAAAAGUUUCUAACUAUUGGAGUAGGGGUCAGAGUUUGCACUGGUUCUUUGCUUUUUGAUUCUAUAAUUUAUUUUGUUUCAGAUUGAUUGGUUGGCUCAAGCAAUCUAUUGGCUUUGUUGGUUAAUAACUUGUAUACACUUGAUCCUUCAGACUGAAGGAAAGAUAACUGCUCAAUUUUAUACUAUACUAAUAACAACGUACUAACAGGGUUGAAUUGCUUUCACUUUUUUAGUUAUAAAAAAAGACAGUCAUCAAAAACUCUUCUAACAAGGGGACUCAUGAUUUCAUAUUUACAAAGCACAUUCGAGUUUCUUUACUGUUAAAAAUGUAUGUAACAUGCUUUGGAUCCAAACUUAUCUUAAAUUGCACUAUUGUUCUGCACUGUUGUAAUUCGAAACAAGUGUCUUCCAAACAGUAUCUACUGCUACUUGACUGCCCAAAAAUAAAGAAAGCAAAUAGUGAGAUUUAGAGGGUUGACAACAACUAACAUAUAAAAGUGAAGCCAAAAUACCCGAGUUGGAAAUAGUUUUUUAGAUUGACUGUGUUGGAACUAAGCUGUACAGAGUCAAUGUUUGUAAAUUUUCCUAAGUGUUUAUGAAUUAGAUGUUAAUUAAAUACAUUAUCAUGAUAAGCCCCACUCACUCAUAGAAGGAUGUUGAGAGCCCGCUGGUUAAUGAAAGACUCUGGGGACUUCUAUACAAAGAUACAUGUUUUUUUUUCAUGUUCCCAUUUUGUUGCUAUUAGAGUUUUAGGAACCAGAACACUUUUUUUUUUUGUUAAUUUAAUACUUUUUUAUUCAUUUUUCAAAAACAGUCACAAAUAUAGCAACACUGAUUUAAAAGCAGAACGGAUUUGCAAUUGACAGUUGUAUAUUACAACAGAGCAAUUCAAGCAAUUUUCUAGUGUCACUUUAAAAUAAAUAAAUGAAUGCAUUGGUCUGUGAUUUACAGCAUAGAUUCAAUACUUAUACAUUCUAGUAUCUACAAGUAAGUUUGGUAUCAAUUCAAAGAUGUCUUACUUUAUAGAUUAAAUGCAUUUACAUUCUCGUAUCCAGAAUAUAUUUUGAUAGCAAUAUAACAGAUUGGUUAAUAACUAAGGAGUACAGCAUCAGAGUGUCAAUCCGGUGUUGCACCAUUUGGAGCAGGGCCGUCUUUAACGCGGGGCAAACGGGGCAGCUGCCCCGGGCCCAGUUACUCUUGGGGGGCCCAAGGCAGCUUCCCCGUGGGCCCCGCUGCCCUCAACAAUUGUUUCUCCCAUGAGGCCGCCGGCCCCCACAUUAAGCAGGCCACCGGGUGGGUAUUGUAAGCAGGGGCCCGGUCACACACUGUACCACUUUAACAGCGCGACCGGGCCCGUUGCUUUUCGGCAGCGCUGGGAGGAAGUGACGGCUGCGAGUCACUUCCUCCCACUUAGGAGAGGAGCCGCGCGGGAGACGAAGGAGGGACCCUUGCCAGGAGAGGCAGAUCCCAACAGCCUUCAGUCUGGACACCUGGGGAACCACCUUCCAAGGUAGGAAACUUGUGGGUGGGUUUAAAAGUGUAAAUUUAUGUCAGUAUGUCUGUCUGUGUAUGUUUGUGUCAGUAUGUCUGUCAGUGUAUGUAUUUGUCAGUAUGUAUGUCAGUGUAUGUUUCAGUAUGUCUUUCAGUGUAUGUUUGUGUCAGUAUGUCUGUCAGUGUAUGUGUUUGUCAGUAUGUAUGUCAGUGUGUGUUUAUGUCAGUAUGUCUGUCUGUGUUUGUGUCAGUAUGUCUGUCAUUGUAUGUUUAUGUCAGUAUGUCUGUCUGUGUUUGUGUCAGUAUGUCUUUCAGUGUAUGUUUGUGUCAGUAUGUCUGUCAGUGUAUGUGUUUGUGUCAGUAUGUAUGUCAGUGUAUGUUUAUGUCAGUAUGUCUGUCUGUGUUUGUGUCAGUAUGUCUGUCAUUGUAUGUUUAUGUCAGUAUGUCUGUCUGUGUUUGUGUCAGUAUGUCUUUCAGUGUAUGUUUGUGUCAGUAUGUCUGUCAGUGUAUGUGUUUGUGUCAGUAUGUCUUUCAGUGUAUGUUUAUGUCAGUAUGUCUGUCAGUGUAUGUGUUUGUGUCAGUAUGUAUGUCAGUGUAUGUUUAUGUCAGUAUGUCUGUCUGUGUUUGUGUCAGUAUGUCUUUCAGUGUAUGUUUGUCAGUAUGUCUGUCAGUGUAUGUUUAUGUCAGUAUGUCUGUUAGUGUAUGUGUCUGUGCUUGUGUCAGUAUGUCUGUCGGUGUAUGUGUCAGUAUGUCUGUCUGUGUAUGUCAGUAUGUCUGUUAUUGUAUGUGUCUGUGUAUGUCAGUAUGUCUGUUAUUGUAUGUGUCUGUAUGUGUGUCAGUAUGUCUGUCAUUGUAUGUCUUUGUGUAUGUGUGUCAGUAUAUGUGUCUGCAUAUGUCAGUAUGUCUGUAGUGUAUGUUUCUGUGUGUGUGUCAGUAUGUCUGUCAGUGUAUGUCUCUGUGUAUGUGUGUUAGUAUGUCUGGCAGGGGGCAGAGUCCAGGGGCCCCAAGCAAAUGGUUGCCCAGUGUCCGGUCAAUAUUAAAGACGGCCCUGAUUUGGAGCUUGUAUAGCUUAUAGCAGUGUGAGAUGACCAGGUGUCAUAAUGGAGUUUUGUGUGUAUCAGUGUGGGUUUUGCUUACCCAAAGUAUCAAUCCCCUACUCUGAGGUGAGGUGGUCUCAUAGUACACUUUGUAAAUGGUGUUCAGGAAAGGUCCCAAUAUCUAUGUUCCUGACUUAUGGCCCAUCUAGUUCAAAGGCUAUUGGCUUCCGUCAAUAGGAAAGUAACCCACGGUUCCCAUGUCUGCGUGGUUUUAGAAAAAUGUUUGGACUUGGUGUAGGUAAUUUCUUCCAUUUGUCUAACCCCUUCUACCCUUUGGAUUCAUUCUCGGAUGGACGGGGGAGCUGACUGCUGCCAGUGGAUUGGGAUUAGUUGGUUUGCUGUUAAGGGAUUUCCUGGAACCCCUGCUCUGAUCUGGGUGAUUUGGGGAUAUGUUGUUCACCCAGAUCAGGGAUAUCAGGGGAUAUAACUUAUAGGAAUAUGUUUAAUUUUGGGGUACUUGUGCCAUAUUUUAAAAAUUUAUGUUUUUUUCUGUUAAAGUUAAUUGAGUUAGUCCUUUGUCUUCAGUAAUUGUAUCACAGGCAGAGGGGAGGGAUUGUGUACAGUAUGUGGGAGUGUUAUUCAUGAUCACACUGUUUCUGAUUAGCCUGUAUGUUUUAUGUCUGGUGCCCAACUAGGUCCAGCUGGGCGUCAAGCUUGUUGGGAAAACUGUAUAUAAAUCAAGCCUCUGUCAUUAAACCUUCUGUUCUACUUCACCCUCAAUACUGAGUUCUGUCUCUUAUUGGGGGAAACUGCUAAAAGGGAUUGCUAUGCUCUUAAUACUCCCUUGAAUAAUCACUAGCUCUUCUAAGAGCUGUUCCUGCUUCGCUCUCUGGAGGAAGAGAGGUUCACCCACUGGAACCUGGAGCCUUGUUGUAGGUCCAGGGUGGGUAGGAGAUGGCGAGACCCCAACCAAGCUGCGGCAGGUCAUGGGGUCUGUAGUGGUUAUGAUGUCCAGUGCGGUGCUGAUGAUCCUUGGUGAGCACUAGGAGCAUCCAUCAACGGAGGUACCUAAUCAGGGUGACAGGUGAUUCGUUACAUUGGGUAAGUAGGGAGUGUGCCAGUCUGGGGUGCGAUGUGACCCACAGGAAGAAUGUAACCAUCACCCUAAUAGUUUUAAAAAAAUUCUUAGGAAGUAUUAUGGGAAUCGUUUGCAGUAUAUACAAAAUGCGAGGCAGCACAUUCAUUUUGAGAAUGUUGAGCCGGCAAAACCAACCAUAGCACGGUUUAUGCCAGUCUUUCAUAUCCUUAGAUAUAGCCUCUAAAAGUGGGGUGGGGGGGAAUUUAAGACAUUCAGUUGAUUAAUCUGAUGCGGUAAAUGUUUUCUCAAAUAUUUUAUGGAGGUUGUGGCCCAAGUGAAAUUAAAAUUUUCCUUUAAUGGUUUAUCCAGGUCUGGUGUUGUGUGCAGGGGAAGCAGUUAACACUUAGUUGGAUAUCUUUCCAUAGACUUCCAUCUCUUCGAUAAUGUGUGGGACUGAAUUUAGAGAAUCUGAUAUUGCGAAGAAGAGGUCAUCUGCAAAAGCAGAUAUUUUAUAUUUAUCCCCUUUUAUUUGAAAGCUGUGGAUCAGUGUAUUGUUCCUUAGUCCCUGUAGGAAUGGUUCUAAAACCAGAAUAAUUAUAAGGGGGGAGAGGGAGCACUGCUGCCUCGUGCUGGUGGAUAUCCUAACAGGACUAGAUAAUUGGUCAUUGAUAAGCAGUCUGGCAGUAGGCGACGAGUAGAUCGCAUUCAGCCAAUCGAGCCAUCUCUGCACCAAAUCCCAAGUGUCUCAUUGUUUCUGUCAUUGGGGGCCAGUAUACCUGAUCGAACGCCUUUUCGGCAUCGAUGGCUAACAAGGAACUCGGUGUCCCCGUCAUUUGCACCCAAUGCAUUUGAUUUAUUAUUUUUGUGGUAUCAUUUUUUGCUUCCCUGUCUGGCAUGAAGCCUGACUGGUCCAGAUGGAUAAGUUCUGGAAGGAAAAAUUUCAAUCUAGAGGGCAAUAUUUUAGUAAAUAGUUUGAUGUCCACAUUGAUAAGUGAAAUGGGUCUGUAACUUGUAUGAGCCUUCAGACGGCGCUGGGCUACAUGGAGAGGAGUCCAUUUGGUGUUCUGUCAGCGCCAUUUUGUUUCCUGCGGCCUCUGACUCUCGGUUCAUUAAGUCAUGGAAAUAUCUGGUUAGGGAGCCUGAUUUUGUGGAGGGGGUCCUUCCUGAGGUAUUGUGAGAGGUAUUUUGCUUCUUGGUGUUCCCCAUAGUGGAAUGUAGUUUCCGAUUAGAGUGGAUUGUCGAUCGAGCACAGUGGAGCUGAACUAUUGCACAUCCAUUCAGCUCCAUGGUAGAUCUGAUAUAACAAAAAGUGAUAGUCUGGAGCAUUUCAAAUAUAUGUUACUUAUUAUGUAGGAUAUUGAUUAAUACUGCAUAAUUUAAAUAAUAUAACACUAAAGACAAUAUAAGAAUAAACUAUCAUAUUUAAAUAUUUUUUAACAGAUUUAAUGUGUAUCUGGAUCGGUGCUAUGCCUCCACAUCUCCAUAUCCAACUAAUUCUACCUACUAUGAUCUUUUUAUUGGGUAAGUUCAACAAGUUACAACAGACGUAUUGUAUAUUGUAAUGCCAUCAUGCAUUUAUAUCACUGAUAGUGUCCAAUUCUAAUAAUUAGCUUACAAUGACCAACAGGUUUCCCACAUGCUGUUUAGUGGACUACCACCAUAUACUACUGACAAAAUCUACACUUUUCAAAAGCGCAAUAGCCGCAUCAGAAUUUACUACCCUAUAUUGCUCAUGCGUCCUGCACAGCUGAUGUAGGAGCAUGUGCGCUCACAGCUUUAGAAAACCCUACCCCAAUAUUACACACGCGUGUGCUGUGCAUGAGCACAGGACAGCAGCUGAUUCAUCCUCAAUUCAGGUGCGGGCCCGUCACUGGGAGUGACAGGGGUAUGGAAUUUUGAUAGAGCGCUGGCACUUGCCAGAGCACGUGCCUUUUUAAUAUUUCUCAAUGAGCUGCAUUGGGAAGUCUGUGAAUGGACAAUCACAGAAAGUCUGGGCAAGAGGGGGGCGGGGAGGGUUGCAAAGCUGUAGGCAAGAUAACUGAAGCUUGUUGUACAAGCUGUUUUUCUGUUUUACCUAUCCAUUACGGUAAAGUAGGAUGUGAGUUACCACAUAUUAUGUCAUCACUCACACAAUGCAUGGGUCUGGGGAGAUAAGGAUGAGUCAGGAAGAGGGGAGGUAGGAUGAUGGAAGGAGACCUGUUAAUAUCCACGUUAAAUAACAACACAAACUGUCCUGGACCACCAUGCUGCUAGGACAAAGGUGGUAUAAAGAGAAAAAACCACCGGGAAGAGUGACCAUCAGACCUCUCCUGUGGACCUAUUCCACAUCAGCAAGCAAAUUAUAUGUUCAAUUAAAAUACCUUUACAGUAGUAUUGUGCCAAUUUUAAAAUCAAAUUAAAAUGUCACAGCUUGACAAUAUGACACACCAACUAGUAUACCUUGAUAACCCACUCUAAUAGAAUUCAGGCAUAGAUUUCAAAGGUUUGCCCAGUUCCCUGAACCCCCUUUACUUGCACAAAAAGGUACAUAAAGUGAUAAAACAACAUUUUAAUAGCAUACAAAGCAACAGCUGUUUUGUUUUAUAAAAUAUUUCCACCCACUCAACAGGUAGGGGUUCAUAUAUCUUUACUAAAUCAUUAACAAAAUUACAACAUAUGGCUAGGAGUUAAGCCCAACAUGGCCUCUAAAGACCCUGACAGAAAGAACCCAGACAUUCUAGGGAAACGAACAAUAUUGAUAUAUCAAAUACACAUACUACUGUUCUCUACUGUCACUUAUGUCUAUAGGUAAUUCUAAUGCAUAUCAACCAAUGCUUUAAAAAUUUUGUUGUUGCUUGUUUCUCCACCAGCAAAUGUUAUAAUUACAGUAAAUAUCAUUCAUGCACUUGUAAAUGUUGUUUGCCUUCAUGUCCUUUGAUCAACUUGUUUAGGUGCAAAUUGGUAUAAUGUUUGAUAAAACAAAGUGAUGACAUUUUUAUUUUAUCACAUUGCCAUUUCAGUUUUGUCGAUUCUCAUUUUCCCAUACUACAAGUGGGAAGUUUGACAAAUUAGGCAUUUCUGUUGCUGAUAAUAGGAAUUCAUCACUGGCAAUACAUUGAAAUGUAUGUUUGAGGGCAGGGGAAAAUUAUGGAUCUGGUUCAGGACAGGGGAAAAUGAUGGUUCUGUUGGACAACAGAGGAACAAUGAAUUGCCUGUUCUUUACAUAAAAAUAAUAUACUUCCCUAAUAACUAAAUACACAGCAGGCAAAAUGUUAAAAUAAAUCAGUAAAAAAAUACAUAUUUAAAAAAACUGUGGGACUCAAAACUAACCAGGAGGAAACCUGUCUACAUGUCCUCCAUUUAUCCUCACAUCACAUACAGCGGUGUGCAUCUGUUAAUCACCUACCAUUCAUAUACCUGUGAGCAGAACCACAUCUUCCUUGAUCCUAUUCUUAUUCUCCUAUUUUUAAGAAUCUGUCAACAAAUUUGCUAUAGAUUUGUUUUCCAAUCCCUGAAUGGGGGCGUUAACAAUAUAAUAGGUGUUACCUGAUGUUGUUUCUUAAUGAUCUGACAGUAGUAUCUUCAUACAAUAUAUUCUUUUAGCAAUUACUCUAAAAUCUCUUAGAAGCCACUAUAGAAAAAUAUAGACAGAUAGGAGGGGCUAGAAACAACUUUCAAUUCAAUGUAUUCAAUUUCAGAAUGUGAGCAUGUUCGGAAGUGCAUGUAUCUGAGAGUGUUUGUGUAUCUGAUGGUGUGUGUGUGACAGUGUUUGGGUAUAGUAUACACAUGGAAGUGUGAGGGUUUUCCAUGAUUUAUCAGUGUAUGUAUUGGAGAAUGUGUGUCUGUUUGUCUGGAAGUGAGGGUCCUUGUCUGUGUAUGUUUAUCAGGCAGUUUGUUCUGUGUAUGUUUGUAUGCAUUAGGAAAGCAUAUCUGUGUGUGUAUGUGUGUAUUUCUGUGUUUGGUAUUAUGCAUUAGUGAGUGCAUAUGUGCAAGAUAACUCAGGCAGUUGUUUUGUAAGAGGUCCCAAGAGUUCUCAUAGCAGCCCUGCAUGGGUGGGGAAUAAGAAAAUAAACAGCCAGUGGCUGCUCAACUAAUUAUAACUCAGAUCCCUUUAGCAGUGAAACAGCGAAGUGUAGCUAGAUAGUGAAAGACUAGCUAGCUUAAUGCCAAAUUUCUCUUUCUCUAUCAUAUUUAAAUAUAGGACCAGAAGAGGCCCAGAAUCUCUUGCUAUACUAGAGAUUAACUAUAGUGCCUUUAAAGGGACACUCUGGACACCUAAAGCACUUUAGCUUGCUUGUCUAUUUGUUUUGUUUUUUUUAAACACCUUUAUUUCAGGAUAGACAACAACACUUUACAAUAGUAGUGUUCAUAGAAUAGAAUAGUACAUUGCACUCCUCGUCUGCUUUUUUAAGGUGAAAAAUGGAAAGGCAAAUUGGUAGAAAAAUUGUCUCUCACUUUUUGGUAUCUUGCCCUUUUCUCAGUGUUCUGUGUGCGAACAGCUCCACCAUCUUCCAAUAUGCACUCAGGUGGGGGCUGAAGGCAUUAGUAGCAGCUCAUUUGAUCAGUGUGGUACCUCCUAUCUCUUCUCUGUUUCAGCAGGUUCUGCUACCAGGCAUCUAUGGUCCCUUCUACUCCCAAAUGUCCCUCAAACUCAAGUCAUGGUACAUCAGCACAUGGAUGCUGCACCCUUGCACUUCCCUCCUGUUUAAAAUGCUUACUGUCCAGAGAUUUCCUUGCAUGUGCCUGGAUAACGGACGGGUGGUAGAUCAGCUUUAGCACUGCUGCUGCUUGUGCCUGACUCCUCAACUUUAAAUAACAACAGAGCAAGCUAGUCUGCACAUUCUCACAUAGGGGAUGCCCAGAUGGGCAGCACAACUCUUUUAGAGUGCCCUAACCUUGCCUUAUUUGAUGAAACUAAAGUGUCCACCAUGGCUAAAUACCAAUAUAACCUAUAAACUAAAAGGUUUCUUCCAACCCUGUUACAAUUUAUUACUGGCCUGCCACUACUUGUCUGUUGCUACUUGCCAUCAAGUUGCUAAUGUGCAGGUUGUUAAUUGUAAUGAUAGCUGUUUUAAUGAAAUUUUACAAAUAUUUUGCAACACAGUUUUAAUUUGUCACUCCUACAAGCUUUUGGCUGUUAAUAGCUACAACUUGUAACUGAUAUUUACUAAUGGCAUUGGAAAAAGAGCCCUUAGUUUGUACUGUAAAGUAUAUUCUGAGAUGUAUUAUCGUUCAUUUUUUAAUAACCUUAGAUAUCACAUGCAAUGAUACAUUUUAUAUUAUAAUCAAAGCAUCCUGAAGGACCUAGAUGCAGUUUAGAAGAAAAACAAACACUACAAUGAAACAUAACUCGUGACUCCUUGGUCGCAAUGAACUUUACACCACUGAAAUCAGUGCGGUGGCUAAUGACUAAACAAUCUAUGUACUUUUUCCUGUAGAUGUUCAAGGGAUCCAUAUACUAAUAUAACACUAAAUGGAGACAGUCAAUAUGCACGGUUUUCGUUUUUAGCCUUCCGAUUCCUAGAGCAAUAUGAUAAGCCUGUGUCAACUUUUUACUUGCAUUGCAUUACUCGACUUUGUGAAACAUCUGCAUGCUCUAGCUUUAAACAAGUAAGUAUGAAAAAUUACAAAAAUAAUGAAAGUAAACUUAUUUGGUCUAUGCAAAAAUUAUUUUCUAUAAUAACAUAUCAACUGCUUGUUUUCCUUUAUAUGCAGAAUUUUUUUUUUUGCAGUGACAAAGCACCUGACUUGUGCAAAUUUGUUUAAUUCACCUGUAAUCUUAUGUUUCAAAGAGAAUGCAAUCCUGUGUAAUCCAUAUUAUAUACGUGGAUUAGCCACAACAUUAAAACCACUUGCCUAGCAUUGUGUAGGCCCUUCUUGUAUUGCCAAAACAGCUCUGAUCCACCAAGGCAUUGACUCCACAAGACCUCUGAACGUGUCCUCUGAUAUAUGGCACUAAGACAUUAGGAGUGGAUUCUUUAAGUCCUGCAAGUUGUGAGGUGGAACCUCCAUGGAUUGGAUUUAUUGCUGUUUCUGUGUAUGGCUGUCUGUAUGUGUGUGUGUGUAUAUAUGGCUGUCUGUGUGUGUGUGUAUGGCUGUGUGUGUAUGGCUGUCUGUGUGUGUGUGUUUAUGGUUGUUUGUGUGUAUGGCUGUCUGUGUGUGUGUGUGUGUCUGUCUGUGUGUAUGGCUGUCUGUGUGUAUGGCUGUCUGUGUGUAUUGCUAUAUGUGUGUGUAUUGAUCUCUGUGUGUGUAUUGAUCUCUGUGUGUGUAUUGAUCUCUGUGUGUGUAUUUGGCUGUGUGUAUGGCUGUGUGUGUGUGUGUGUGUAUGCAUGGCUGUCUGUGUGUGUGUAUGGCUGUCUGUGUGUGUAUUGCUGUCUGUGUGUUUGUAUUGCUGUAUGUGUGUGUGCAUGGCUGCCUGUGUGUGUGGCUGCCUGUGUGUGUGGCUGUCUGUGUGUGUGUGUGUGUGUGUGUGUAUGGCUGUCUGUGUGUAUGGUUUUCUGUGUGUCUGUGUAUAUGGCUGUGUGUGUGUGUGUGUGUGUGUAUGGCUGUCUGUGUGUGUGUGUGUGUGUGUUUCUCUGUCAGUGUGUGUGUCUGUCAGUGAGUCUGUGUGUGUGUGUGUGUGUGUGUGUGUGUGUGUCUGUGAGGGAGCCUAUGUGUUUGAGUGAUUGUGUGUGUCUGUGAGGGAGCCUGUUUGUCAGUUAGUGUGUGUCUGUCAGUGAAUGUGUGUGUCUGUGAGUGCAUGUGUGUGUUGAAGUGAUUGUGUGUGUAUGUCAGUGUCUGUGUAUAUCUGUCAGUGAGUGUGUCUCAGUGAGUGUGAGUGAGAACAGGGGCAUGGGUUUAGUAGAUGGUGUACUUGGAUUUAGUAGACAAGGGGGGACUAAGAUUUAAUAGACGAGGGGAGGAUUGGGAUUUAGUAGACGAGGGGGGACUGCGAUUUAGUAGACGAGGGGGGACUGGUGUUUAGUAGAGGGGGUCGCUGUUUUUUUUUAAUACUGUACUUUUCAAAAGAAACCUACCUUUCUAUGAAAAUUUACAUUUAUUUUUUUUGCGGCCCACAUAAACUUAAACCUUGUUUAUUUGGCCCUUGCUAGCCUUUGAGUUUGACAUGCUUGCUUUAACCUUUCCUUGUAAGUUUUAUCCUGCAAUACAUGAACCAGUUUAGUAUCCCUUCUCUGAACUCUCUCCAAUGCAUCAAUAGCCUUCUGGAGAUACAGUCUCCAGUACUGCGUACAAUACUCAAAGUGAGGUCUCACCAGUGAAUGUCUAUCUUACAUUCUUCCAAAUCAGUGCAUGUACAUGAAUGUAAACCCCAUGAAAAAAAACACUUAUAUUCCACUGUCAUUGAGGUAUGGAGGCAGUUUCCUAGCAACACUACAAAUUAAAAUUAUUUAAUCUAGUAUAUAUUGUUUGAGUACUCAUAAAAGGCUGGCAGAAAACUACCACAAAUAUUCAUUAAAGUGAGAAUUUUUGGAGAUACAAACAAAGUGAUUCACAUUUUAGAUCAAAAUAACAAACUGGAAGUUUAAUUGACCUCAAGAACUUUACAAUUCAGGAUAUUUUGACCAUAAAUUUUAAAUACACUUUGAAUUCCAAGCAAUGCUCACUUUGGUGCAUAAUAUGUGUGUGUAUAUAUAUAUAUAUAUAUAUAUAUAUAUAUAUAUUUACAGAUAUGUCGAGUGUUUAUAGUAAUACUAAUUACCUGUAAAAUCUAUUUAUAGACUUGUCGACGAAAAAGAAGAGCGAUUAGAGCAGCUUCAACCUCUACAGACUCUUCAUCAGUUUCAGAACCGGCAACAAUUUCAUCGACUGGGAUCAUAACAACUGCUGAUGGUGGUAUGUAUAGCUUAAAGGUGUAUUUAACCCCUUAGGGACCGGACUGUUUUUGCGAUGUUGUACAUUUGCGACCAGGCUUCUUUUUACACUUUUGUGGUGUUUGUGUUUAGCUGUAAUUUUCCGCUCUCUCACUUACUGUUCCUAUACAAAUUAUAUAUUUUUUUUUCAGGACAAAAAAGGCUUUCUUUACAUACCAUUAUUAAUAUAAUCUCAUGGAAUUUAAUUUAAAAAAAAUAAAAAAAUAUGAUGAAAAAUUGAAAAAAAUACAUGUUUUUUGACUUUUACUUGAAAAAUCUUUUACUCAUCUACAAAAGCGAAUGAAAAAAACUGCUAAAUAGAUUCAAAAUUCUGUCCUGAGUUUUAAAAUACACAGUGUUUACAUGCUUUUUUGCUUUUUUUUUUUGCAAGUUAUAGGGCUAUAAGUACAAGUAGGAUAUUGUGGUUUAAAAACAUACAUUUUCAAAAUUUAUCAGUAGUGACAUUGUAACACUAUUAUCUUUCAUAAAGCUCUGAAUAACACUCUACAUGUACAUAUUUCUUUUAAAGUAGACAACCCAGGGUAUUCAAUAUAGGUAUGUCCAGUCUUUUUUAGUAGCCACUUAGUCGCAAACACUGGCCAAAGUUAGCGUUCAUAUUUGUUUGUGUGUGAAAAAAGUAAAAAAACGAAAUUGAACGCUAAUUUUGGCCAGUGUUUGUGACUAAGUGGCUACUAAAAAAGACUGGACAUACCCCAUUUGCAAUACCUUGGGUACACGGAUUGCAGGAUAGAAUUUACAAGGAAAGGUUAAGGGAUCUUAACAUGUAUAGCUUGGAGGAAAGACCAGAUGGGGGAUAUGAUAGAAACAUUUAAAUACAUAAAGAGAAUCAACACAGUAAAGGAGGAGACUAUCUUUAAAAGAAGAAAAACUACCACAACAAGAGGACAUAGUCUUAAAUUAGAGGGGAAAAAAUAAUUUCAGGAAGUAUUACUUUACAGAGAGGGUAGUAGAUGCAUGGAAUAGCCUCCCAGAUGAAGUGGUAGAGGUUAACACAGUGAGGGAGUUUAAGCAUGCGUGGGAUAGGCAUAAGGAAUGCUUUCCUAUGGGGGUUUUACCUACACUGAAUGUCCUUUUUCUGAAAGUGAGCACAUCCAGCGUCAGGUUACCAAAAGUCGCCUAACCAUCAGGAAGUGCCUCUCACAACUGUCUUACUGUCAGACACUAGAAGUAGUCCUAACCCUUCAAUGUAAUUAUUGCAGUUUCCAAGAAACUGCAAUAAUUAACAUUGCAGGGUUAAGGAGACAGACACAGAGCACCAAGACCACUUUAAUGAGCUGAAGGAUUAAAUAAGGAGAUCUAUGGAGAUUGACAUCUAAUGGUGAGUUUGUGGUAUAUUUUAAAAAAGACAUUAAGCGUUUUCAAAUUAUGUGCUUUUGGCAAACAUUUUGUUUAAAUCUUUAACAAGUAACACAGUUGCAUAAUCCAAAUUACUGCAAAUAGUUAAUUUUUCUUUUAUUUGCUAGCACAAAAUAUCACCAUCUAUGAUCUGUGCAGUAAAAUCAAAAUCUGUCCCUGCCUCAUAACUUUGGAUUAACUAAGCCUUUAGUUUUAGCAAGUAUCUUGGGAAUCAAAGCUAAUUUUUUUUUUAAUGUAUUUUUUUACUGCUGGCCUGAAGGUAACUCAGUGAUAGAAAGUUCUUUCAUUGGUUGCAAAGUCUGUACAAAUUCACCUUUAGUGCACAGAGGUGAAACUUUUCAGGUUUUAUAUCAAAGGCUUGGUUCAAUAAUGCAUUAAUGAACAAAAACAAAUCUCACCUUUACAAUGUCGGCUAAAAGAGUUUCUCUAUUUCUGUUACAGGUACAACAGGAAGCUUAAGCAGUGGUGAGUAUUUCUUUUCUUCACAUUUAUUACAUCAGUGUCAGUUUAGAAAAGUAACAAAUGAAUUGAUAGAUAUAUAAACAGCAUAUUUUGUACUUUUAUUCAAGUAAUUUUUCAUUUUAAUCCCCUUAUAUAUUACUUAUAAGGUACAAUAGUGUCUGUAUGAUAUGCUGCUUUCUAGUUAGUGAAAGGUCCUAGGCAUGCUUUUUAAUUUUUACUACACUUUUAUUUUUAACCAUUUGAGCUCCAUUAGUGCACUUUAAAAUCCUGAUCAUAUGUUCUGAUUCUGAUGCCUACAUAAUAAUUAAGAAAGUAAAUAUUAGCCUAUUUAAAAUGUAUUAAUGCAUAGCUGAGAUUUUAUAAUUUCAUUAUAAUUCAUUUUUAAUUAAUUUUUUUCUUGUGUUACAUAUUUCAAGGAAAAAAAUAUUUUAAAAAGCUGACAUUUUUUAAUACAGCAAAAACUUUACAGAAUCAUGAAAUUGGCUGAUAAAACUGUAAGAGGCAUUUAUGAGGCAUAGUAAGCACCAUAGACAGAUCAGUCAGUUGCAGUGGUUGUGGUUCCAAGAGUACCCUGGAUCUGUCACUCUAUUAAGAGUAAAAGCAUUUUCAAAUUGUUAACACUUACUUGGUCCUCUAGGCGUCAUCAGUCUGGAUAUCUCUACAAAGUGAAAGUUAUUAUUCCAUUUUCUCAAUACCCAUUAUUCAAGGAUAGUGACCAUAUGAAGCCAAUUAUUAUCACUUUUUGUUUUGCUCUUUUUUUAAAAUCAUAAUGAUAACAGAAAUCACCCAAAUGGCCCUGAUCAAAAGUUUACAUACGUUUGAAUGUUUGGCUUUGUUACAGACACACAAGGUAGCACACGCAGGUUAAAAUGGCAAUUAAAGGUUAGUUUCUCACACCUGUUAAAUUGCAAUUAGUGUCUGUACAUAAAUAGUCAAUGAGUUUGCUAGCUCUCAUGUAGAUGCACUGAGCAGGCUAGAUACUAAACUAUGGAGAGAAGAAAAGAAUUGUCAAAAGACCUGCGGAACAAGGUAAUGGAACUUUAUAAAGAUGGAAAAGCAUAUAAAAAGAUAUCCAAAGCCUUGAAAAUGCCUGUUCAAUCACUUAUUAAGAAGUGGAAAAUUCAGCAAUCUCUUGAUACCAAGCUAGGGCUGGGUAGAUCAAGAAAGAGUUCAGCCACAACUGGUACAAGAAUUGUUCAGUAUAGAAAGAAAAACCCACAGGUAACCUCAGGAGAAAUGCAAGAUGCUUUGAAAAAUGAUGGUGUGGUUGUUUCAAGCAGCGAUGAUACUUGAAUAGAAAUGAGCUGCAUGGUCGAGUUGUCAGAAAGAAGCCUUUACUGUGCCAGUGCCACAAAAAAGCCCAGUUACAAUAUGUUAGACAAUACCUUGAUAUGCCUCACAGGUCACACACUGUAAUUUAAAGGGACAAGACCAAAAUAGAGCUUUAUGGUCACAAGCAUAAGCGCUAUGUUUGGAGAGGGUUCAACAAGGCAUAUUGUGAAAAGAAUACCAUCCCAACUGUGAAGCAUGGUGAUGGUUCAUUGAUGUUUUGUUGGGGGGGAGGGUCUGAGGUCUAAAGGCACAGGGAAUCUUGUGGAAAUUGAUGGCAAUAUUAAUGCAACAUGUCAUCAGAAAAUACUGGCAGACAGUUUGCAUUCUUCUGCAUAAAGGCUGUGCAUGGGACAUUCUUAACUUUCCAGCAUGACAAUGACCCUAAGCUCAAGGCCAAGUCUAGUGGUUUCAGCAGAAAAAAAGGUGAAGGUUCUGGAGUGGCCAUCACAGUCUUCUGACCUAAAUAUCAUCGAGUCACUCUCAGUAGAUCUCAAACGUGCAUUUCAUGCAAGACAACCAACGACUUUGCAAGACCUGGAGGCAUUUUGCCAAGACGAAUGGGCAGCUACACCACCUGCAAGAAUUAGGAGCCUCAUAGACAACUAUUACAAAAGACUGCAUGCUGUCAUUGAUGCUAAAGGGGGCAACACAGUAUUAAGAACUAAGGGUAUGCAGACUUUGGAACAGGGGUCAUUUCAUUUUUUUCUUUAUUGCCAUGUUUUUUGUUUUUUUAAUGAUUGUGCCAUUCUGUUACAACCUACAGUUGCAUGCAAAUCAAAUAAGAAAUAAAAGAAAUGUGUUUUCCCUGCUCACUCACGUUUUCUUUAAAAAUAGUAUAUAUAUUACCAAUUCUCGAAGGGCAUGCAACAUUUUGAGCACAACUGUAGACAGGCUACAGUGAGCCUACCCAAUUCUAAUGGUCUUUCAAGGCAUGGAGAUAUUGCUGCAUAUUCCAACCCAUUGAUGGCUUAAAAAAAAAAAAUCUUUUUGUGUCUUUGAUAUUCCACUUAAUUAUAAUAUGAAACACAGGGAACUGCACUGCAGCUGCUAUAAUCUUACUGAUAGCUUCUAUCAUAGUUUUGUGACAUCAAACAUGGAAACAUGGAGCCAAGGUACCUUCUUAUUUAAUAAACUAUGCACAAAUGGCAUUUGGAGUAAUGAAUCGUAUACAUACAUUGUUCAAAUUGUGGAAUAUGUUAGUGGUUAAUAAGUGAAAGAUAAUAGUAAUCAUGCAUGCACUUUGUUUUGCACAUAUCUAAAAUGUUCACAUUUAUUUUUCAGGUGCUUCUAAAAUGGAUUCACAAGGAGUUGUGAGCACAGCUGUUGGCCUGGGGAUUACUGUUGGCUUUUUAGCAUUACUUUGCACCCUAAUGGGUGGAAUUGCCUAUCUUAUGCACAGAAGACUCCAAAAAGCUAGAUACCUUGAGAAGAACAACUUCCACUAAAAGGAAAAAUGCUUAUCAGUCUGAUAUCAUCUAAAUACUCUGACUAGAGAUUUUAGCAUUUAGCAAAUAUGAAUGCAUCUAUUUUUAAACUAAGAGAAGAGUAAUUAGACAAUUAGCUGUACAGAAUGGAUUACUUGAUUUAAAUAUCUAUCUUAUAAUUAUUGCUGUUAAUGUUUAAUACUGAAAUUUUAAUAGAGUCAUUUAGAUUUUUUUUAUAUACAAAAUAAAACAUUUUAGAAUAUUCGCAUCAAACAUGUUUAUUGCUUUUUAAACUGUUAUCUUGAAAAUGGAAGUACACAAGUAAAUAUUCAAGUAAAAAAACAAAAACAAAUGUAAUUUGUUUUCCUAAAGGAAUAACUCAUAUAGUUUGAUUUUAAGGAGAAAUACAAUUACAGUUAAAGAGUUUAAAGAAUAAUGGUAGGAAAUAUUACAUUGAAUUUACAUAGUGUAUUAUAAUAUCACACAAAUGCAGAGUAAUUAAACGCAUGCUAAAAAAACUAUCACAUGAAAAUGUUCUUACUGUCUUUGGUGAAAGGAUAGGCUUACAGCACUUUUUUUAAGCUGGACUUCCAUAGUUAUGAAGUAAGCAACAUUUGGCAUUAAAGAAACAUUAUAGCGUUAGGAAUCCUAACGCUGUAGUGCCCUAGUCACUAGACUUGGGCAUUUGUUUUUAUCUGACUUGGAGUUUGGAUGAAAACAAAUUACAUAAUCACCAAAUAAACAAAUGAACAAAUGUGUGCCAAACGAUAUUCUUCCAUAUGGUGUUUGUGCAUUCAGAUGACUUUUAUUGGGUGCUAAUGUGUAC